CCAAUUAGCCCGAGGCAAUCCGAAGCGGCAUUGGUGUCACCACAGUCGGCAUUCUGCGCAUUCACCUCGCGCCGGUCGCAGUGACUGGGUUUCGGUGGUGAUUCACGCCUGAUUACGACCAAGAGGUAGCGUUGGGUGAGAUUUCGGUGAGCAGGAGUGAUACUGAAGAAGAUCUUAGAUCCUUGGCCUUUCCGCCAUCUUCAAAGAAAUCGCCACUCUGCUGAAUAAGUGACCAUUGUCAUUGAUGGCAAUAGAAGACAAAAACAAAGUGCCAUUCUUCUAUUUUCCGGUGAACAUGUCGGGCGAGGCGGAGAUGUCGGUGGCUGGGACGCCCGUGGCGCCGCCCUCCUUGGCUCCUCUCUCACUGCUGCCUCCGGGAGUGGUGGGUCUCAGCAGUCCGCUGGUGGCGCGGGCGCUGCAGGGCGCCGGCGCCCGACGCCCCCGGGGCGCCAAACGCGCCAUCCCGGACGCCCUCAAGGACCAGAAGUACUUCGAGCGCCGCAGAAGAAACAACUUGGCCGCCAAGCGGUCGCGCGACAGUCGGAAGGCGCGUGAAGAUCAGAUCAACUUGCGCGCCUGCUGGCUGGACGGCGAGAACGCGGUGCUGCGCGCGCGGGUGGCCCGUCUGAGGGAGGAGGCGUUCUGCCUCCGCCGCCUGCUGGCAGCACGCCAGGCGGAGCGUCUGCGCCUGCUGAGUGAGGCGGAACGGCCGGUGCCUCCAGGUGCCACCCCGUCCACCUCCGAGUGAAGCCAUUGUAGGUUGUUAGAGUGAGUUAGCAAAAAGUAGGUACCUAAUUUAUAGUUCGGAAGUUCCUGCUGUACAGUCCUCACGACGUUUGUGAAGCUCUGUUGAUGUUCAAUACUCCUCGCCGGUCACAUUAUCUGCGUGUCAGAUAUUCGUUGCAAAGUAUGCUGAUAAAUAAGCCUUUGAACAAAUGUGAAGUCAUCAUUUCUCAGAGCCAGGAGUGAGUAUUACGGAACGAUUCGAAAUGCAAGUGAAUGACAAAUACAUGUGGUCACUCAUGCAUUGUAGUAUUGCCGUUACGUCCCAU